UUCAAUUGUUGAUACCGCAUCCACGUGGGUUUCAUUUUUGUGGCAGAUCUGGACUACACCAGACAUCGAUGAUGAUGUUUCGGUCAAUGUCUAGACUAUGGUUUAAAUCAAAUUCCUUAAGGAAUGUCAGAAUUCUACAAUUUCACACCAAUUCUAAUGUUAACUGGAAUGAAAAUGAACUUGGAAAGGAUUCAGAAUGCAAUAUAAUUAAUGAAGGGAAGGCAGAAGUCCUCAAACCAACCUACGUGUUCUACAAUCCAGUGCAAGAGUUUAGCAGGGAUCUCACUGUGGCUGUAAUAUCAAACUUUGCUGAAAUACGUCGACAGGAGAUUAAGAAUGGUAAAUUGAGGAUACGGCAGCAUGAUACGGAAAAAGUAAAACAGAAUAGUGAUAUUGAGUUCUCAACCAAAAUUAAACAUCAUGACGAGGUUAUAGAAGCAGGUAAGAAGUGUGAAGAUGGAAUAUCAAUUUUGGAAGGCUUAGGAGCAUCUGGGCUUCGGUCUAUCAGGUUUGGGUUGGAAAUUCCAGGUGUUAAGCGGAUUGUGACCAAUGAUUUUGAUAAAACUGCUGUAGAAAUAAUACAAAAGAACAUUGAGAGAAAUAAACUUGAUCACCUUGUAACCUCCAGCUUUGGAGAUGCUUCUAUGGUGAUGUACAUGAGUAAAGGAACAGAUGCCGCUUUUGAUGUGAUUGACCUUGACCCUUAUGGAGGUGCAUCCCAGUUUCUGGAUGCUGCGGUGCAAUCUGUCAGUGAAGGCGGUUUACUGUGUGUGACUUGUACAGACAUGGCACUUCUGUGUGGUAACACACCAGAAAGUUGUCGGGCUAGGUACGGAACCAUGUCCUACAGGUCAGCAUACUGUAAGGAAAUGGCACUCCGUAUCCUCCUGCAAUCUCUUGAGACUACUGCCAAUAGGUACUCACGAUACAUCGUUCCCAUGAUAUCAAUCAGUGCUGACUUCUACAUCCGAGUUUUUGUGAGAGUUUUCACAGGUGCAGCAAAGGUUAAACUCUCAUCUCUGAAGCUGGCCAAUGUUUAUCACUGUUCAGGAUGUGGAGCUUUUACCAUUCAGAAACUGGCAAGAAAAAUACCCACAAAAGGUGAUAACUUCAAAAUAGCUGCAGCACAUGGACCUCCUGUCACAGAUAUAUGUGAACAUUGUCAACAUAAACAUUAUGUUGUUGGUCCCGUGUGGGCAGACAGACUUCAUGACACUGAUUUUGUUAAAAGGGUCAUCAAGUAUGUUCAGGUGAAACAAGCUGACUUUCAUACUCACAAGAGACUAGUUGGCAUGCUUAGCCUCAUCAGUGAAGAGCUCAAAGACUGUCCUAUGUACUAUAUCAUUGAUGACUUGUGCAAGAAGGUCCACAUUAAGGAAAUAGAACAGGAAUUAUUCAUGUCUGCUUUGUUGAAUGCUGGCUUUGAAGUAUCCUUGUCUCAUGCUGAGCCGAAUUCUAUCAAGACCAAUGCUUCUAACAGGGACAUCUGGGAUAUUAUACGAUCAUGGAACAAAAUAUACCCAAUACAUAAGAAGAGACUUGUGCCGGGAUCAAUCACAGCUAGUAUUAUGUCCAAGGAACCAAUCCUGAAGGUGUUGUUUAAUUAUCACCCUGGGGCCAAACAAAAGUCUAAAGAAAAAAGACUAGUUCGAUACCAGCCCAAUCCAGAGAGGUGUUGGGGACCCAAGUCAAAGGCCAAAAGAUUACAGGUCGACUCUGUAGAAUCUAUUGUGGACAAGUGAAAUGCUCAUCAAAGAAAGAGGAAACAUCAAGUCCAUUAUAGUCUCUCAUUAUCACAGGUUGGUGAGGAAAAUGCCAAGAGGAUAUAAGACACACUUACAAACUCCCUGGACACUGCAGUAACAUGUAGGAAUUAUUGAGGAGUUUGCAACAAAGUCAGCUCCCAGACCGACUGCUGCAGUCACUGGUAGGGCAUUGCGACAAAGCUUACUCUUAAGACUACUGAACUAUUGUUACAAUGAAGCUUUGCUGGAACGACUGUCACAUAAGGACUAGUUGUGAUUUUAGGUCGACGAAAGUUCCCUGGGACAACUUGUUUGCUUGAUAACUGCCAUUCAAACCUGUGAAUUUCAGGAGGCCAUUUCAACAAAGGCUCCUUGAAGCAUAUGUAACUAGUUUUACCAGUUUACUCUACAGAGCUUAUGCUGUUUGUUGGACUUGCAAACAGCAUUAAAUCCAAAGAAAACACUAAAUCUUUGUAACCUUUCAUAAUGAUAAUUUCAUUUCAAUAAUAAAAUGUAGUGUAUACAUUUAAUACAACACUAACAUGAAAAUUCUUCACUAUAUAUAUAUAUCAUGACUGUUAUACAUGUAAAACAAUUCACAACCAAAUGCAAUAAUAGAUUAUGAUGUCUAAUUCAAUAGUGUUGAUGACGCGAUCUAAAACACUAUAGAGAUAAAACAUUUUCUAAAGAAAAUUAAUUGUAUAAUACAUUCAUACUUUGGCCCUCAGUUACCAGAUAUUUACAUUGUUUAUUAUAAUUUUGUUUUAAGAUAAUAAAAAAAAAAAAAAAAACCGCAUAUCACAUGAAUAUCCAGCAAUUGGUCCUGUCUGACUCAAUAACUUAGUUAAUGGUUUACAAAAUUUAUUACUUUGACCUGUCAGAUUCUAACUAUGAAGUACUAGUUUCGGAAUGUGUAAAAGCAGGGCAAGAAAUAUAAUUUCAGCGUCACUGGUCCUUAUGGCAAUUUUGGAUUCAAAAGUACUUGCCAUAAGGCGUAAUAUAGUGAAAUUUCUCAAGAGAAAAUGUAAAAAUUGUAGGAAAAAAUCAACUUGGAUAUUGGUAAUGACAAAUAUUUAAUUGCCCAUACUGGGCACAGGCCAAAUCUACUGGCCCUGGGCCAUCAGAUUUGGGAUUUUUCUUGUCCUGAAAAGGAAGAUAAUUUGUCAGUUACUUGUUAAGGUCAUUACAAGUGAAAUUUCAAUGUCAUCUAUAAGUUUAUUUCUUUCAUGAAACAUUGGAUACAGGUCCCUCUGGGUACAUUUAAUGUAUCUAAUGUUUUUUCACAUCAUUGAGAAGUUAUAGAGCAAGGUCAUUUUCAUAUAUGUAUUAUCAUCUGUUCCAGGUGAUCUUGAAAACAAAAAACAAGACUAACAGUGUGUCACAUUACGAAAAUAAGCACAUUUGCUUGAUAAUAAAAUGGACGGAGAGAUGUAAAGAUAAUGACCUACAUUUUGUAUACCUUUACUAAUAAAAUGGACGGAAAAAUGUAUUUUGUAUAAGGUAUAAAAAUAUGUACAUCUGAUUUUAAGGGAUUCAGUUUGGAUUAAAGAGGAAAACUAAUUGUCAUACAUCAGGUAAAAUAUCAUUUGAAAAAGACAUUUCACUUCAUAAAAUUGUUUUAGAAUAUUUUGUUAAUUUUCGUCCCAUUGUGGACAGUAUAUAAUUACUCCAGACUGUUCAUCAACGAGUUUCAACAAAAAAAAAUCACAGAAUAAAAUACAUCUAAAUCAAUAUAGAGCACCAACUUACUAGUACUUUGGUACACAUGUUGUCUGGAAUUAAACUCUUCUAGACUUAAGUGCUUUGAUUUAUGUCAGGAAACAAACUCUCCCUGACAUUGUUUCUGUUUUUACACUUGGAAUUAAACUCACAAAGUAUAAUAUAUGGUAAUACAUGUCAUUUGAAUAUUAUUACAUCAUAUUUAUCAUGGUGUAAAAGUAGAAUUUCUCAUUGAGGAUUUAUUUAUGAUGGAUUAAGAAAAAUGAUGAAAAGCAAACAUGAAAAUAUUCCAUACAUAUACAUGUAAUGUAAUGUAUUCCGUUCUGAUUCAAUAAAUUAUAUAUUGGGCCAAUUUUGUCAAAAUAACAGAAUGCUUGUAAUCUUUAAACAUAUGUCACAAACUAA